AUGUCACUGAAACUGGCGCUCAACGAUCCCGUCUCACCCCUACGUGUUUUCUAUCGGCAAUGGGAAAAGGCAUGGCGCUUGAAGCAGCAAAUGCUAACAGCGUCACACAACAAAGAGAAAGAGAAGACCAAGGAAAGCGGAAGUGAAAAGAAACCACGGGAAAAAGGAAAGAAAGUCAUAAAGGAGGCGAAGACAGAAGCGAAACCGAGUAAGAAGAAGCGGAAGUCAACUGCGGCUGCCGAGCGAGCUGAUGAGACGAUUCCGGACCAGCUGCUGGAAGAUCUCGGAAAUUGGAGCGAUAGUAACUGA